UCAGUUUGUAACGAAUUUGGUUCGACAGCACAGUUUAGGCGCCAUUUACAAGUUAGAGUUUUCAUGCAGGAGAGCGACUCGGAAUGACACGGGGCUAAAAAAUUGUGGAUUAUAUUUACAGCUCUCGGAUUAAGAAAGACUUUUAUCGCAAUUGUGAUUUGGGCCACAAAGGAAGACUAUUGACUGACGGUGCCCGCACUGUGGAAGAUUACAAAUCAUGCCAUCUAAAACUGCUAAAAGCUCAACUGCCUCCGCCAAGCCAAGAGGGAAAGGGUCGCAGCCCCGGGAUGACUCCGAAGACGAGCUGGAUGUACCCCCUCAAGAAACCAACUCCAAUGGCCAAGAGGAGGCACCGCCGACAACUGAUCCGUCUCACGGGGAGGCUGCCGAGGCGGUUGAUAAUCGAAGUUUGGAGGAGAUUCUCGGUAGCAUCCCUCCACCCCCGCCCCCAGCAAUGACCAAUGAACCGGGCGCUCCUCGCCUCAUGAUAACACACUUAGUUAAUCGCAACUUUAAAUCGUAUGCUGGCGAGCAGAUUCUGGGGCCUUUUCACAAGCGAUUUUCAUGCAUCAUUGGUCCAAAUGGAAGUGGGAAGUCCAAUGUCAUAGAUUCAAUGCUCUUUGUGUUUGGAUACAGAGCUCAAAAGAUCAGAUCGAAAAAGCUCUCAGUACUGAUUCACAGCUCUGAUAAACACAAAGAUGUGCAAAGCUGUACUGUGGAGGUGCAUUUUCAAAAGAUUAUUGAUAAGGAAGGAGAUGACUACGAAGUCAUCCCCAACAGCAAGUUCUAUGUUUCCAGGACUGCCAACAAAGACAAUUCCUCAGCCUACCAUAUCAAUGGCAAGAAAGCCACAUUCAAAGAAGUUGGGGCUUUACUCCGGAGCCAUGGUAUUGACCUAGAUCACAACAGAUUUCUGAUCUUGCAGGGCGAGGUGGAGCAGAUCGCCAUGAUGAAGCCUAAAGGUCAGACAGAGCAUGAUGAGGGUAUGUUGGAGUACCUAGAGGACAUUAUCGGCUCAUGCCGCCUCAAAGAGCCCAUCCUAACCCUGGCCCGCAGAAUUGAGUUGCUCAAUGAGCAGAGGGGAGAGAAGUUAAACCGAGUGAAGCUGGUGGAGAAGGAGAAGAAUGCUCUGGAGGGGGAAAAGAACAAAGCUGUGGAGUUCCUCACACUGGAGAAUGAUAUCUUUAAACACAAGAGUCGACUCUGCCAGUAUUAUGUUCAUGAUCUGCAAAAGCGUGUGGUGGAUAAGGAGCAAGAGAAGCAGAAGAUCUUAGAGGACACCAAGGAACUGACUGAGAAAAAUGCAAAGAUAUCACAGGAGAUGGAGAAAAUGAAUCAAGAGCUGAAAAAUGUGGAGAAGAAACAAAAUAAGCUCAACAAGUACAUUGAGACCCAGAAAGAGAAGUUCACCCAGCUGGACCUGCAGGAUGUUGAAGUGCGUGAGAAGAUUAAACACUCCAAGAGCAAAGGCAAGAAACUUCAGAAGCAGCUGGAAAAGGAUAAAGAAAAGCUGGAGGAAGUGCGUGGUGUGCCAGCUAGCAGUGAAAAGGCCAUCACUGAGGCAACGGCUCGUAAGGAGGAGCUGGAGAAGCAGAAGGUGAAAGAAGAGGAAAAGCUUAAAGCAGUGAUGGAGAGUCUGAAGGAAGAGACCAGUGGCCUACAACAGGACAAAGAGACCAAAGAGAAAGAGCUGAUGGAGCUCAGCAAGGCUGUGAAUGAGACCCGAUCUCGUAUGGAUCUGGCUCAGUCAGAGCUCGACAUUUACCUCAGCCGACACAACACGGCUCUGACACAGCUCAACACCGCCAAGCAGACGCUCCAGACAACCUCUGACACACUGCGUGAGCGCCGUGCUGCCAUCAAAGACCUGGAAGUGAAAAUACCCCAAAAAGAGUCGGAGCUGAAGAAGGACGAGGUUGAGCUGGAGCAGCUGAUGAAGACGGAUCUUGAGACCAGGGAAGUGGUGAGGGAAAUGAGGCAGAAGGUAGAAGAAGCCAAGAGCUCUCUGUCCUCCAACCGCAGCAGAGGAAAGGUCCUGGAUGCCCUCAUGCAUCAGAAGAAGAGUGGCAGAAUUCCUGGCAUCCUGGGAAGACUGGGAGACCUCGGAGCCAUAGAUGAAAAGUACGAUGUGGCCAUUUCCUCCAGUUGUGGUGCUCUUGAUAACAUUGUUGUAGAUACAAUUGACACAGCUCAGAAAUGUGUGACAUUUCUCAAAGAGCAGAACAUCGGGGUGGCUACUUUUAUUGGUCUUGACAAGAUGAAGGUGUGGGAGAAGAACAUGGCCCCCAUUCAGACUCCAGAGAACAGCCCUCGUCUCUUUGACAUGGUACGAGUGAAGGAUGAAAGUGUGCGACCUGCUUUCUACUUCGCUUUAAGGGACACUCUAGUGGCCCAGGAUAUGGAGCAGGCCACAAGAAUGGCCUUCCAAAAAGACAAACGCUGGAGAGUGGUCACGCUGAAGGGACAGAUCAUAGAGAUGGCUGGAACCAUGACUGGAGGAGGAAGAGUAUUGAAAGGCAGGAUGGGCUCCUCUAUUGGCACUGAGUUUUCUCAGGAAGAGCUUGACCGCAUGGAGAGCAAGUUGAAUGAGAAAGUGUCGAAGCUCCAGGGCAGCCAAGAGAAAAAGCUGCAGCUAGAGGAGAGCAUCCAGCGACUGCGGCCACAGCUUCGAGACAUGAAGAACACCCUAGAAAAAUACGCCAAGAGCAUGACUAGUCUGGCUGACCAGGAGACUCACUUGAAACUUCAGAUUAAGGAACUUGAGGCCAAUGUGCUGGCUGCUGCCCCAGACAAGGCCAAACAGAAACAGAUGGAGAAGAGCCUGGAGGCCUUCAAGAAAGACUAUGAUGCAGCCUCCAGUAAGGCGGGGAAGGUGGAGAAUGAGGUGAAAAGGCUCCACAACUUGAUUGUAGACAUCAACAGCCACAAGCUGAAGGCUCAGCAGGACAAGCUGGACAAAGUCAACAAGGAGCUGGAUGACUGCUCAUCCACCAUCACCAAAGCUCAAGUAGCCAUAAAGACAGCUGGCCGAAAUCUGAAGAAAUGUGAGGAGGGCGUGAAUCGCUUGCAGAGUGAGCUGGAGGAGAAUGAGAAGUCAAUGGCUGAGUUCACAGAAAAACUAAAGAAACUGGAAGAAGAGGCUGGGGAGAUCAUCAAAGACUGUCAGGAAGCUGAGGCUGCUCUCCCUGAGGUGCAGGAGCAGUAUCAAGGGGUGCAGAAGGAGAUAAAGGCUCUGCAGCAGCAGGAGCAUGCCCUGCAGGAGGAGUCCCUCAGUGUGAGGCUCCGUGUGGAGCAGAUCGAUUCUUCCAUCACUGAACACAACAAUAAAAUCAAACACUGGCAAAAAGAGGCCACCAAGUUGUCUCUUCAUACCAUCGAGGACAAACCAGCAGAGGAACUUCCUGUUCUUACUCCUGCUGAACUUGCUGAGAUCUCUAAUCCCAACGUCAUAAUAAACAAAGUGACAACGUUGGAGACCCAGUGUGCUCAGAUGAAGCCCAACCUCGGGGCCAUUGCUGAGUACAAGAAGAAGGAGGAGCUUUACCUGCAGCGUGUAGCUCAGCUGGACGAGAUCACUACGGAAAGAGACAAAUUCAAACACGGCUACGAGGACCUGCGCAAACAACGCCUGAAUGAAUUCAUGACUGGAUUCAACAUGAUCACCAACAAGCUGAAGGAAAACUACCAGAUGCUCACAUUGGGUGGUGAUGCAGAGCUUGAGCUGGUGGACAGUUUGGACCCCUUCUCUGAGGGCAUCAUGUUCAGUGUUCGUCCCCCAAAGAAGAGCUGGAAAAAGAUCUUCAACCUGUCAGGAGGAGAGAAGACCCUCAGCUCUCUGGCUCUGGUGUUCGCUCUGCACCAUUACAAACCCACUCCGCUCUAUUUCAUGGACGAGAUCGACGCAGCUCUCGAUUUCAAGAACGUGUCAAUCGUGGCUUGUUACAUUUAUGAGCAAACAAAAAAUGCUCAGUUCAUCAUCAUCUCCCUGAGGAACAACAUGUUUGAAAUCGCUGAUCGUCUCAUUGGCAUCUACAAGACGCACAACACCACCAAGAGUGUGGGAAUCAACCCCAAGACCAUUGUGUUUAAAGAGCACCAAGCUGUCACUGCUUAAAUGUCAAGAACCUCUGGUUUCUUAUUUUUACUUUCUUUGUUACAAUCUGUGUACAUAUUUUUAGAUUUUUAUCCUGUCUUUUACAAUAAAAUGCUGCUAUCCUUGUUUCUAUGUUACCAA